AUGCCUACCUUUGCGGGACUGACGGCCAACGGGUAUGGCCUCGGCCCAAGUGACGCAUCGCGGGAUGUUGGGGAGAGAGGGGAAAGAGGUUACAGGCGAAGGAAGCUCGCGGCCAUGGCAGGAAACCUUUACCGCAGCGGACAGCAAGCCGUCACGGAACUUCGGGACUCGUAUGCGCAAUCCAGAGGCAGAGGCGCUGUCGACGACUUUGCCAUGGACCAGAGCACACAUAUUCCCGGCGCAUUCCCGGAUGUUGCCAUUGCCUCUCAGGGAAACGAACAGAUGGUGUUGUUUCCCUCCUACGCAAAGAGACACACCAAGGGAGACUGGACACGAAUGCCGCGAAAUCAGCCUUUGGAUCAGCCAGAAAUACGAGAUGAAGAGUGGUGGCGCCAAGAGUGGGAGAAGCACGAGGACGAGAAGGCGGUUGUCGACGUCGACGUCAGAGGCUGGAUAUACUCACCUCAUGUUGGGCCCAUGACGAGGAGGAAUCGUAUUCUUAUCGGUUUGGCACGCCAGCUGAGUGGCAUCUCGGCCCCCAAGGUGGAGCAAGCUUACGGAUCGGCCAGCGGCGAGGUCAAGACUCAGCACCAGAUACAAGACGAGAUUCGCGACGAGGAAAAAAUUGCUCGGGAGGCGGCCAUGAUCGAGAAGCGCGGACAGGAGGAGAAGCAAGUCGCGUAUGCCGGUGGCUACAGCGAGAUCCCACAAGAUCCCAACUCACUAGGCGUUGAACCGGCUUCUGGUCUUGGACGACGUGGCAACUACACUCCUGAUUCUGCGCCAUCAAGCCCCAUCAUGCCGGCUCGACAGCCAUCUAGUCUCGGCGAGCUCACUGACGCCGAGUUGGCCGUCGCAAACGCCAAUCUGAUGGCCCGCGUGGCUCCGUUCCUGACGAACCCUCUGGUAGCCAUGCCCAUCACCAUUUUCUUCUACAACGAGACCAAGUCCCAAUCGAAGACCAUCUCGACGGAUGACGCCGGCCACUUCAACAUUCGCGCAGCGCUCGAGUUCAUCCCCACGCAUGUCAGAGUGCUCGCAAACGAGAAGCUGUCAACCACGCAACAGGUCAACAUCACGGAAUCGGCAGGUGUUAGUUUGAUUAGCGACAUUGACGAUACGAUUAAACGGUCCAACAUCUCUGGCGGCACCCGGGAGAUUUUUCGCAACACGUUCGUGCGAGACCUUGGCGACAUGACCAUCGAGGGGGUCCGGGAGUGGUACGCAUACAUGCACGAGCUGGGGGUGAGCAUGCACUACUGCUCCAACAGCCCAUGGCAGUUGUUUCCCGUCUUGGCCAGUUUCUUCAAGGUUGCCGGCCUGCCCCCGGGAUCCCUCCACCUGAAGCAGUACAGUGGGAUGCUCCAGGGAAUAUUUGAACCGGUUGCAGAGCGCAAGAAGUCAACACUGAAUCGACUUGUCAAGGACUUCCCCCAUCGAAAGUUCCUUUUGGUUGGCGACAGCGGCGAGGCGGAUCUGGAAGUAUAUACAGACCUGGCUUUGGCCAACCCGGGCCGUGUUCUGGCCAUAUUCAUCCGAGACGUGACCACGCCAGAGGCAGCCGGAUACUUUGAUGCCGCGUUUGACUUGAGCCGUAGGAAAAUGUCGAGCAUGGCGCUGGACGACGGUAGGACAGGAAGCAUCAAGUCGGCAAGUCGGCAGAAUUCAGCGCCCGGUACCGUGGGCGAAUCAAGGGCAGCCUCGGGACCUGUUAUGGGAACGCUGAUUGACUUUUCUGAGGAGCCAGAGGAGGCGAAGCUGGAUGAGGCCGCGGCGCUUGCGCAAGUGAAGAUGGACAACUGGGCCGGGGGGCUGACGGCGGCUGGUACGGCCGCGCUCGCUGCCGGACGAAAGCCGGCGCCUCCUCGACCAGCAAAGCCCGCUGCGUUACGAAGCGCGCCAGCGCAAGCCAACGUGUCGAGCGUCACGGCCAAGGCUGAUAUCCCGCCGCCCAAACCAAAGCGGCCGCCGGGCCUGGGAGGCGCCGGCCUCCCGCCUCUCACGACGAUAGCAAGCGCAGGCCAAGACGAUGGUGGCCAGACCAGCGACAGCUCGUCAGCACCCGGGUCGCCGAAGCAGGACCCCGCCGCUCCUCGGCUGCCCAGACGUCCAUCUGGGCUCAAGGGUCUCAGCCCUCGUCUUUUCGGCAGAGGGGCGCCAUCCUCCAAUGCAGACGUCGACUUUGAGCCCUUGCCGCCGCCUGCUGCUGCGCCGCCGCCGCCCUCGUUUGGAUUCAGCUACUACCGAUCAGGGUCGCGGUCGGGAUCGACAACGCCAUCUGGCUCGCCCACGCUGGGCGCCCAAGGCGUGAACAAGAAGCUCGAGCUGUGGAGGAGAAGACUGGCACGCGCCCACGAGCAGCUGGAUAGCCAUGGCGUCGCGCUGUAUACGUGGCGCACGGGUCACGACGUCGUUGACGAGGCAGUGGGGAUAGUCAAGUCGGCGCAGGAGGAGGACACGAAGACGAUGCAGAGGGGCUGA